AUGGCAGGAUCCUCUUGUUUACAUAUAGCGUUUACUUGUUCACAUCGUCUGCUAGGAUUCGUGAUGCGUUUGGUUGAUGAUGAUUGCUAUAUUCGAGGAAGAGGAAGAGGAGGCGGUAGUUUUGAUCCUCCAAAACCUUUUGUGAUUUUUCCUGAAAUUGCUUUACCUGAUCCGAAAUCUAUCUCUAAAGACUCGCAAUUAGUUUCGAGUUACUUCAAUUUUCAAAAGUUUUGGAGAAACUCUCCUUAUCAUUUAGGUGAUGGUGUUUUAAAGAAAGAGAAUGAGAGUUUAGAUAUUGAGAGGUUUUCAGACGCGUUGAAACCGAAGACGAAGUUGAAUAAGAGUGGAUAUUUCUAUGAUUAUCUUGUUCUUAGACCUGAUAACUUCCCUAAAGAACUUCUUGGAGAUGUGCAAAGAGAUCGGCCUGCGAAGAGAGCAAAAUGGAGUAUGGAUGCAGAUUUGAAGAAAUUGGAAUUGUUUGAGAAGCUUGAAGCUAAGUUAGAGAAUCAAGACUUUGACGAUGAUGACGACGAUUAUAACGAGCCAGCAUCCGAUGGCGAUUGUAAGUAA